AUGAGCCACCAGCAUCCGUCUCCCCCGCUCCCCAACCUGCACGCGCUGUCUAUAUCGCCAGCGCCGUACGGUGUUCAGUCCGACUACCCCUACAAUGGUGCGUUCGGUCCGCCCAUCGCAACGCCGCCGGGCGUUCCGACUCGGGGAUGGACGGCAAGCCCGAAGCGUGGACGCCAUGGCAUCCCAUCGGCCUGGUUCGACCUCCCGAUCCCCGAUGGACGCCUUUAUGACUCGUUCCGCCGCGACGCAAACUCUCCCCCGUCGCUCCCGCCUUCUGCCAAUGCUGUCAACACCCCCGGUCAACCGUACUACCCCUCGUUCUCAAUGGACCCGUUCCCGUCGAUGGGCGUAGCGCCAUCGCCGCCGCCCAACUACCUUGCCAACGCUGUCCCGGCGCCUGCGUACGGCGCGCCAUACGGUGCGCAGCAGAUGGCGCCCGCGCCGCGCCAGCAGGUGUGGCGUAACGCGUCAAUCCCCACCCCCGACGACGAUGUGAUUCCGACGGCUAUUGUGAUCAAGAACAUUCCGUUUGCCGUGUCGCGUGAGACGCUGCUGAGCAUUAUCGAGUCACUGGGCGCCCCGCUCCCGUACGCUUUCAACUACCACCACGACAAUGGUGUGUUCCGAGGUCUCGCGUUUGCCAACUUCCGCAUGCCGGAGGAGGCGGCGAGCGUCGUCGCUGCGCUCAACGGCUACGACGUCCAGGGCCGCAAACUCCGGGUCGAGUACAAGAAGGUGCUCCAGCCCGGCGAGAAGGACCGCAUCGAACGUGAAAAGGCCAUCAAGCGCAUGAAGAGUCUGCAGAUGGACGCUGUCAAGCAGCAGCACCUUGCCGAGGUGGCCCCCUUCCCUCGCCAGCAGCAGCUCCAGCACCAGCAGCAACAGAACGGCCACCAUCCCCAGAUUUCGUUUGACGCGGUCGAGGACCGCAGCCCGCCGCACUCGGCUGCGUCGACCAACUCGGACCCGACGCCCAUGCUGAUGAACCUCGACCUGAACGAUACCGAGACGCUCCGCAUCUACAACAUGAUCUACAUGUUCAAGGAGGAUCGCUACCGCGACGAGCUCGUGUUUUCGCGCAACCUCAACGCCAAGGAGCGCCGCACGGUGCACAUGAUUGCCGCCAAGCUGCAGCUCACGAGCAUUAACAAGGGCGACGGCGACUCCAAGUGUGUCGUUGUCACCAAGGAGGCGCCUCAGCGCCAGGAGCCGCGUACGACGUCCUUCUUAGCGCCGUACGAGGGUCCCACACCUGGCUUAAGAAUCAAGAAGUCGAUGCCUGACCUGCGCGGGUUCAAUGGCCCAGUCGUCGCGCGCGACCCUUCGCGCAGUCUCACGCCUCAGCGCUCAAGCGGCAGCCUGCGCGCCGAGGCGGCGGGCGGCAUUAUUGCCGGGCGCGAGUACGCGUCGAUGGGUGCGUCGCACGGGCGUCGCCUCAACGGACACGGGCACGGCUCGGGCACGUUCAACACAUUCUUUGGGACGGUGAUUGGUGCACCUCCCGUGCCUCCUCUUCCCGAGGGCCUCAAGCGUACCAACCUCGACCGCAGCAUUGACCGCGAGCGCGCGGACCUUGCGCUAGACCGUGAAGGCCCCGGCUCUUCCGAGUCGGGCUCGUCGCAGUCGCACAACACUGUGCCGCUAAGGAACCCGCGCGGUCCUGUUGGCGAGUCGCGCGGCUUCUCGAGUGGGAUGGGUACGCUGCGGCCGGGGUCGAGCUCGCUGCGUGGUGUGCCUGGGGCGCAGGCGCUUGGCCGCCAUCGCGAGGAGGAUGAUGAGGAGAAUGCGCGGACACGCGAGGAGCUGGAUCUUUAG